AUUGCAAAUUUUGACAUUCAAAAGGAAAAAAAAAGUCUUAACAAAAUGCCGAAGUCGAUGAAUGUAAGAGUUACGACGAUGGAUGCCGAGCUGGAGUUUGCAAUCCAGCAGGCAACUACUGGAAAGCAGCUUUUUGAUCAAGUUGUGAAAACAAUCGGUCUACGAGAAGUGUGGUUUUUUGGACUUCAGUAUACUGACAGUAAAGGUGACCUUACUUGGAUCAAACUUUAUAAAAAGGUUAUGAGCCAAGAAGUCAAAAAAGAAAAUCCUUUGCAGUUCAAGUUCCGAGCGAAAUUCUACCCCGAAGAUGUUGCUGAAGAAAUAAUUCAAGACAUCACACUUCGUCUGUUUUAUCUUCAAGUAAAGAAUGCUAUCCUUACGGAUGAAAUCUAUUGUCCUCCAGAAACAUCUGUGCUUCUAGCUUCUUAUGCAGUUCAAGCAAGACAUGGUGAUUUCCAAAAAGUAGUUCAUAUACCCGGAUUUCUUGCCAAUGAUCGUCUUCUCCCUCAACGAGUUAUGGAUCAGCAUAAAAUGAGCAAGGAAGAAUGGGAAAGUUCUAUUACUACAUGGUGGCAAGAACAUCGGGGAAUGCUUCGCGAAGAUGCUAUGAUGGAAUAUCUCAAAAUUGCUCAGGAUUUAGAAAUGUACGGAGUAAAUUACUUUGAAAUCCGAAACAAAAAAGGAACUGAACUUUGGUUGGGUGUCGAUGCUUUAGGUUUGAAUAUUUAUGAAAAAGAUGAUAAGUUGACUCCGAAAAUUGGUUUCCCUUGGUCUGAAAUAAGAAAUAUAUCGUUUAAUGAGAGAAAAUUUAUAAUAAAACCUAUUGACAAGAAGGCACCUGACUUCGUUUUCUUCGCACCAAGAGUCAAGAUUAAUAAAAGAAUUUUAGUACUUUGUAUGGGAAAUCAUGAACUUUAUAUGCGCAGACGUAAACCUGAUACUAUUGAUGUACAGCAAAUGAAGGCUCAAGCUCGGGAUGAAAAAAUUGCUAAACAACAACAACGUGAAAAGUUGCAACUCGAAAUAGCAGCACGAGAACGAGCUGAAAAGAAACAACAAGAGUAUGAAGAAAGGCUACGAAGUAUGUCCGAAGAAAUGGAUAGGCGGCAAGCUGAAUUGAAUGAAGCUCAAGAAAUCAUAAGACGUUUGGAAGAGCAAUUGAAACAGUUGCAAGCUGCUAAAGAAGAACUAGAAGACCGUCAGAAAGAAUUGACUGUUAUGAUGGAAAAACUUGAACGUUCACAAGAAAUGGAAGCUGCUGAACGUGCUAAAUUAGAGCAAGAAAUCCGAGCCAAAAAAGAAGAAGUAUCACGAAUCCAACAAGAAGUUGAAGUAAAAGACGCGGAAGCUAGACGAUUACAAGAAGAAGUUGAAGCUGCCAGAUUACGUCAAGAAGAAGCAGAUAGAGCAUUCCAAGCAAACACUACUCCUUAUCAUCACCAUGUCCAAGAAAAUGAAGACGGCGAGGAAGAAGGUGAAGACGAAGCUCCUCACAGUGACGUUACUAAAGAUUUAACAACUGAUGAAUCAAUAAUCGAUCCAGUUGAAGAGCGCCGUACUCUUGCAGAAAGAAAUGAACGUUUACAUGAUCAACUGAAGGCUUUGAAACAAGAUCUUGCACAAUCACGAGAUGAAACUAAAGAAACGGUGAUGGAUAAAAUUCACCGAGAAAAUGUACGUCAGGGACGCGAUAAAUAUAAAACUCUACGCGAAAUUCGCAAAGGCAAUACUAAACGCCGAGUCGAUCAAUUUGAAAAUAUGUAAAUUAAGACUAACAUUCUGUAAGAAAACUCCGAAUGCUAAUGAAUAAUUUUAACACUGAUUUGUUUCGUCAUUAUUUUUGUAUUUAUUCAACAAAAUAGUACUUGUUUUUAUGUAAAACAUGAUGGACACAUCAGAUGUAAUCAUACUUCGGAAUUCAAUUUUAAGAUUAUAGAAGUUACAGUUUGAGAUAAGAAAAAAACGGUGUACAAUUUACUUUUGAUAUUUCUAACACACGUUCUAAUGUUUUCGAAAUAUUUUUAAUUACCAGCUAAAAAAUAAAAUUAAAAAAAAUUAUUUUUUCUUACGAUGUAUUUUUGUUUUCUAUGCUCGCUAUGUAUUCGGUCAGAUCUACCUGGUUUUAAUAAAUUUAAACAAAUCUGUACUAGUUAUACGGAAAAAACUUAAUAGCAUUGGUUACUAUGUUUCACAGUAAUCAAUGAAAAAUAUGUUGAAAAAGGUUCUAGAAGAGAAGUGAAUGAGCUUAUAAGAGUGAUCAACACGUUUUUUCAUAGUAACUAGAACUACGCUCUACAUUACAAGUAAUAUCGAAAAUAAGACUCGUUACUAUUUCUACAGUCGCUGUUGAUGUUUAGCAUUUUAUCAGACUUUUUGAAUAAGCAUUUAUAACUAUAUGUUUCAGGUUUUGUAAACUGAUGCGAAAGACUACUGUGUCACGAUAUUAUGAUUCAAUAUUAUUCAGUAUUGUACGAAUUUCGAUUCCAGACAGGAGCUGCUGCUAGGGUUCACAUGUCUUAUUACUGUGGUCUAAAGAAAAACGUUUUACUGUAGUGAGACAUGGAGACCUUAGCGGCAGCUCCUGUUUAAAAACAGAGUUAAUACCAUAACAAAUAGUAGCAUCAUAUGCAACGCAGUAGCCUUUCAUGUCGCUCUAUACUACCUGAAACAUAUUUUAUUUAGUUACAGUUAUAGAUAAUGUCCAAAGGGUCUAAUGGUUUACUGAAUAUCCACUGUAGAAACAGUAACUAUCCGUAUUUUGGCUGUAAUGUGUAGCAUAGCACUGGUUACUAUCCAAAAAUCUAACCAUUCUUCUUAAGACAUUGUUUACUUUUACUAUACCUCAAUUUUAUGAUUAACCUCAAUCGCUAAUCUUCUAGAAUAUUUUUAAACGUAUUUUCCGCCAAUUACUAUACAGUAUAGUAACCACCCUGGUGGAUCCGAACUACGGUAAAUUACGGUAGCUACCGUAAUUUACGGUAAAAAUGUCGCAUUUUACGGUAAACGUGCGGUAUUUCACAGCAAAAGUACGGUGCUUUUACCGUAAAUUUGCAGUAAUAGGACGGCAAUUUACUGUAAAAUUGCGGCGAUCCUACGGUAUUUUACCGUAAAGUAAAGUAUUGCACUGUAAAAACUGUAAAAAUCAGAAAACAAAGUACUUACGGUAAAAAUGCCGCAAAUUGCAGUAAAUUACCGUAAUUCGAAUGCGCCAGGGCAGUAUUAUUUUUUUUUCCCGUGUACAUACUUUUUCUACAGUAUUUUUCUCUUCAAUAUUUGCGACUUGUAACAUAUUUUUUUAGACAAAAAAAAAAUGUUUAUAUUAGAACGCUUACAAAAAUACAAUAAUACAUGACCAUUGCAAGUAUAUAUCGAAAGUAAAUGCGCGAUGUUCAUAAAUAUAUAAAUAUUCAACAACUUGAUAUACUAACAAAAAAAUACUUAUGUAUACUAGAUACAACUUUUCAAUACAGCCCUGGUGGCAUUUAUUGGAAAUAUUUUUAAAUCGCAAUAACUCAUAGUUUUAUAAUAAUUACACUUGUGGCCUUUUAUUAGAUAUAUGAUGCGACAUAAAUAUAAUAUUAUUAUAUCAUCAAGGUGAUGGCUGCGCAUUUUAUUCAUCGACGCAUUUUUGAGUAUUUUUUUGAUGUUUCGUGGAUGAAUGAUUGAGGAAUAUUAAAACGAAUGAAAGAAGAAGAAAAUAAAACUGAGUAAAUGUGAAAAAAAAUGAAUACAAAAAGCGAUAUCAAUACAAUUUUUCAUAAUUCAUUUUUUAUUUAAUAUAAAAGUGUACGAAAUGAAUCGAAAAUAUCUUACAAUUUGAAUUAUAAACUUCUAAAAACUGCCAUUUUCGUUGAUUUAAAAUCAAAUAUUAAAGAAUAUGAAAUUAAUUAAUUUUAAUUGAUGGAAUAAUUUUAUGUCAAAUAACUAUUAAUAAUUUUAGGUCGACAAUUCUUAAGAAAUAAAAAAUGUUUUGAAAUAACAA